CGUGUCUCAGAAGCAAGGCUGCUGGUGCAGCUGGAGCAACGCUCUCUCUGGAGCAGAGUCUUCACCCUUGACUGGAAGGAGUGAAACACGCUGUGCUGCCCUAAAUCACCAUGGCACCAUCACAGCAGAAUUUAAAAAGCCUAGUGAAGGAAGGAGCUGUGGGCUUUCUGCUGGGAACCGUGGGAGGAUGUGCACUGGGAGCCACAAUGUCACCAGUGAACAAGGCCAUGACGGAGAUCAUUUCAGGGUCACUACUGAAACCAGUGACUGAAGGUGUGAGGACUGUGGGACCACUGGGCCUGGGGACUCUAUUGGGAGCAACUGCCCUCACCACAGCGAUGACAGCAGCUGUAGCAGGAGUGACUGUGGCUGCCUUGGUGGCGUUGCUGCUUUUGAGGUUGAAGAGGCGCAGGGUUGGUGUGGCAGCUCUAGAUGGAUUUGUAUGGAUUGUGGUCGGGCUGGCGGCAGCCCUGAGCACCACGUCCUGUGGAGCAGUGCUUGGGAUCAUUGUAGAGACACUAACCUUUAGGUCUGGAGUUGUAGCACUGCUCUGGGCUCUGGGAAUCUUCACUGUGGUGAAAACGUUCGUUCACGUCAUUGUGCAACUCACGUGCAAUGAGGUGGAGUGCUGUGGCGUCCUGCAGUUCGCUGACGAAGCCAAGGAACAAGAGCAGACAAGGCUGCAGGCUCUGGAGGCUGAGCAGCGAGACCGGGUGACGGUGGAGAUUGAACAAAAGAUACUUGCUUUUGAAAGAGCGAAAAGGUUUGAAGAACAAGAUGGGCUGGACAACAGAAUGGCUUGGAAGACCCGACAGCAGGAGAGAGAGGAAAUGACGAAGCUGCAGCGGGAAGCAUUAGAGCUAGCAGUGCUGCAGAGGACUAUACAGGAGCGUCUGACCAAAGUCUUGUCCAAAUAUGUGGAAUUCCUGGCUUUCUCUGGUAUUCCGAUGACGGUGACUGCAGCUGUGACUGCUGGCUUUGGAAUCUUUGGGUUUGGAGACUACAGAUUCGUUUUUAUCAUUCUUUUAGCUCUAGUGCUUAGCAUGGCCUUCAUGCUAAUGAGGUCAGUGCAUUUGAACUUCUGGAUGUUCUGCGGCUGCGUAGGUAUGUUUGCAACGUUUGCCAUUGCUAUACUUACCGUGCAUGCAGGACAGGAGGCGGUGGAGAUGUCUAUAAAAAUUAGAAAAACAGGACAAGUGCUGACCAAGGACAACAUUACAGCUUGGAUGGACCACAGAGCUUCAGUAGAGGCUGUAGCGGCAGGAUUCUUUGUCUCAAAAAUGUGUCAGGUUGGCUUAGGGGCCUCUGUUGGAGGUGCUCUAGAGCCAAAGGUUUUGGAUAAAGUCUUAGUGGGAUCAUCUGUAGCGACAGUGGCUAUUAUUUCAAUGACUGAGACUUCGUCAGUACUUUUAGGGGUUGGUGGGGUGACAGGGUCAUUGCUAGGGGCUCUAGGGGCAGCUGGAGUUUCUCUAGGAGCAGCUGCAGUUGUGGCCGUUCGGUGGUCCUCAUGGGUAGGAACUAUAUGCACCACAGCUGGAAUGCUAUUCGGAGCUUUAGCCAUUGGACAGUGGGACAUUGUUAACACUGGACUGCAGGUGCUUGUUGCCUACAUGUUUUCAAAGAUAAGUCCCUAUUGACUCAGUCUGGUGGUGUGAAUGUCUCAACAUUGUCUCAGGGGUGUCUCAGCGGUUAGGUCACUGGAUAAUUGAUAACAGGGUUGUAGGUUUAAAAACCUGUGUCUGAUAAGCUGCCAAUAUUGGGCCCUUAAGCAAGGACCUUAAACUCCAACACUAGGCAUGUGUGUGUGUGUGUGUGUGACCAAUGCAAAACACUUAUCUCCAUUUUUGUCGAUUUUUAGUUUACUACAUAAUUUGAACAGACAAACAAAAAAAAUGACCUGAAAUAAACUCUUUUUACAUUGACUUCCAAUGAAAGUUUACAAGGUUUUUUCUCUCUCCUGUAAAGUUGCUGUUUUGGAGAUAAAUGUUUUUCAUUGGACAGCGACGAUAUGGUAAAUAUUGUUGUCUUGUCUUGUCAUUCAAGUGAACAAUGCUUUUGGGAUGAUAAGCCAUGAUCUUAGCACAGAGCUAAUGUGCAACUGUUUGUAAAUUAUCAAAAUGAACAACUUUUAAUAAAUGCUUGUUAUUUUUAAACUGCAUUUGCCGAAUGGGGACUAAGAACCCACAACCCGUUACAUUAUGUUAUGUUACCAUUGUACUGUGAUCUUUGUAUUAGCACAGUGCUAAAAUACAAGUUUUGCAACCUGAA